AUGUCGCUCACAAACAACGCAGUCAAGGUUCGUCUACAAUCAACACUCAUGCCCGCUCAAGCAUCCAUUAUCGGAAUGACCACUCAUGUAAUCGCCACUGAGGGUUACUUUGGUCUCUACUCCGGCUUGAGCGCUGCUCUUCUUCGCCAAUUUACCUACUCAACCCUCCGCUUUGGAGUGUACGAAGAUCUCAAAUCACGACUACCUCACCAUGAAGACAAGACGGCUCACUCUCCUCUUGCUUUGAUAUCCCUCUCCGCUUUGUCCGGUUUCUUGGGCGGUGUGGCUGGGAGUCCAGCAGAUAUCGUCAACUCAAGGCAUCUUGUGGCUUCUUUCACGGCGGGUGUUAUAGCGACGACGAUGUUUAAGGGUUGGGUUCCUAGCUUUCUUCGUCUUGGACCUCAGACUGUGUUGACUCUACUUAUUCUUGAGCAACAUAAGAGAUUGUAUAACAAGAUGAAGCGAUAA